UAUGUUUAGUUUGUUUGUUUUUUUUAAUUUUUUUUUUCAACGUUUAUUUAUUUUUGGGACAGAGAGAGAGACAGAGCAUGAACGGGGGAGGGGCAGAGAGAGAGGGAGACACAGAAUCGUAAACAGGCUCCAGGCUCUGAGCCAUCAGCCCAGAGCCCGACGCAGGGCUCGAACUCACGGACCGUGAGAUCGUGACCUGGCUGAAGUCGGACGCUUAACCGACUGCGCCACCCAGGCGCCCCAAGAGUAUGUUUAGUUUUGUAUGAAACCACCAAAUUGUUUCUCCAAAGUGGCUAUACCAUUUUGCAUUCUCACCAGCAAUGAAUGGAAGUUCCUAUUGUUCUAUAUCCUCACCAGAGUUUGGUGUUAUCAGUGUUCAGAUUUUGGCUAUUCUAAUAGGUGCAUAGUUGGGACUUGUUGUAAUUUGCAGUUCCCUAAAGACAUAUGACAUGGAACAUCUUUUUCAUAUGCUUAUUUGCCUUCUCUAUAUAUCCUUUGGUGAGGUAUCUAUUAAGGUCUUUGGUCUAAUUUUAUUUUUUUAUAUAUUAAAACAAAUUUUAUUUUAGAGAGAGAGUGCAUGAGUGGGGGAGAGGGGCAGAGGAAGAGAGAGAGAGAAUCUUAAGAAGGCUCCAUACUCAACACAGACCCCAAUAUUAGGGCUCCAUCCCACAACCCUGGGAUCAUGACCCGAGCCAAAAUCAAGACUUGGUUGCUUAACCAACUGAGCCACCUAGGCGCCCCUGGCCUAUUUUUAAUCAGGUUGUUUGUUUCCUUACUGUUAAGUUUUAAGGGUUCUUCAUAUAUUUUGGAUAACAGUCCUUUAUCAGAUAUGUAUUUUGUAUGUAUUUUCUCCCUGCUGAUGAAAUUGAAGUGUUUCAUUUCCAGAGCCAAUGAUCUGAGUACAGAAGAAAAACAGUUUAGCUGACAUUUUAGGCAUGUGGCAGGCAUAAGCAGUUCUAAAUAGGGAAUUCUUGUGAUCAUAGAGUGAAAAGCCUAUGACAUCAGCCAGAAACAAUGCAGAAAUCCUAAAGUAGAAAAGCCACAGGGCUUAUUCUUCUGAAUAAUGUUAUAUGGAAAAUAUUCCUAGGAAAUAUAAUUAAAGUUUAUUUAGAAUUGUUAUCUAAUUAAAAAUUUAUGAUUUUUGAUUAGGAAAAUUUUUAGAUAUAAUUUGAACGCAUUUAAGUCCCAGUAAAUAAAUUGGAGAUUUGAAAUAACAAGGUUCUAGUUUCUCUUUGAAGGAUCAUUUUACCUUAAAAAUUAAAUACAAACACUCUUUAGUUGUAUGGUUUGGUCACAAAUGAUUCUACUUUUUCUGUUCUACUUCCUACAGGUUAGAUAACACUGCAGUGAAUAUCUUGUUAUAACAAAAUAUUUGGACAUUUAUCUGAUGAUUAAAAAAUUAGAUAAGACUAACCAAUAUUCAACUCAAAAAUCUAGGGCAAAAAAAAAAAUUAGUCUCUUGGUCUGUAAAAGGGACUGAUUGCAUCUGGGAUUAAAAAACUGAUUCUUAAUGUUUUGAGGUUAAGAUCCCAUUAAAACAAGAAAUAUCUGCAAAAAUACAGAGCUGUAUAAGUGAAAUUCUAUCUACAAUUUUGGGAGUUAAUGUAUUCAUGGGUUGCCUGUGUUGACAUAUCAAUAACUCUGUCUUAAAUAAUAUGUUAUGGGGAUUAAUCUGGGGGAGGAGGGUGUUUUACUUCCAAACAAAUAUACCUUAUAUACCUUUCUAUCCCUAAUGAAUCUGGUCUAAAAUCAAGCUAUUCUUAACUCAAAAUAGCAAAUUUUCUUGAUACUCAAAAGUAAUUAAAUAAAGAAAGAAAAUAACACUUUUAUAGUCACUUGCCAUAACUCACCGGUAGCACCACCAUUUCCCGCACUGAAUGACCCCGGUUCCUAAAAAUAACUCCAGUGCUGUUCAACUGCUUAUAUUUGGCAUAUUCCUCAUUCUUAUUUGGGAAAGCACAUUCCCUUCUCCAGCUGAAGAAACUCAUGAAAAGAGCUGCUUAAAAACACUGCUCCCUCUGGGCUCUUAAAAAUGUUCAGCAUCUGAAUGCUGGGAGAGAAUGCUCACACCCAGCGGAGGCAAUACUGGAUGGACUGAGCAAGAGAAAAAUGGGGAUGCUAUAUAUGGAAGACAGGAAGCAGAACUAGUUGAGGAAGACUCACUCGUAAGUGACCCAUCUUUACAGUCAUAAUCCAGCAACUGUUAUCUAGAAAAGGAAAAGCUUGGGGCGCCUGGGUGGCGCAGUCGGUUAAGCGUCCGACUUCGGCUCAGGUCGUGAUCUCGCAGUCCCUGAGUUUGAGCCCUCGGUCGGGCUCUGUGCUGACAGCUCAGAACCUGGAGCCUGUUUCAAAUUCUGUGUCUCCUUCUCUCUGACCCUCCCCCAUUCAUGCUCUGUCUCCCUCUGUCUCAAAAAUAAAGGUUAAAAAAUUUUUUUUUAGAAAAGGAAAAGCUUUAAUAGCUAGCCUAGGUUAUAAGGGACACAUUGAAAAUCAGGCCAGACUGUUCUGACAUGUUCCACCCUACUUUUAAAUAAGCAAAAAGUAAAGAACUAAGUAAAGCCUCAGGACAGGACAGUCAAAUACACAGACACACACCAUGUAUACUGAUGGUAGCUGUCUUGCUUCAUGGUUGCUCUGGCAAUUAGGGUACUGAGGAGUGUUGAUGAAAUCAAAGUCCCAAAGCCAAAAAUACAAGUUGCAAAAUAAAUGAACUUCCAGUUUCUCUGCAUUACAUGAUUAUUUGCAUGUUAUUUAUAUAUUUGGAGACAGAAAAAGAAGGAACUGGAAGGUCUGUCUCACCCUUUCUUAUUUUUCAAAAAGCCAGUAAUUCCCAUGGCUGUUUUGUUUUGUUUUGUUUUGAACCAAAGCACACAGAUUCACAUUUUAAUAGAGAGAUUUUAGUUUCCUAGGAAAGGAAAUGGAGUUAUUUGUGAUUAACCCAGGGGAGCGUGGGUGGCUCAGUCGGUUAAGCAUCUCACUCGAUUUUGGCUCAGGUCAUGACCUCAUAGUUCAUGGGAUCGAGCCUGGCAUUGGGCUUGGUGCUGACAGCACAGAGCCUGCUUGAGGUUCUCUCUCUCUCUUUCUCUGUCUCUCUCCCUCCCUCCUUCUCUGCUCAUGCUCUCUUUCUCUUCUCUCUCUCAAAAUAAAGGUUUUUUUUUUUUUUAAAGCACUUCCAUAUUAGCAUUUUAAGACAUUAUCAGAGACUUUUUAUUCCUUCUCUCCCCAUCCAUUCAUCUUUGUCCUUUUUAUUUUUUUAAUGUUUAAAGAGAAGUUAUGAUCUAAGUGGCUGGAGAUGGCAAAUGAGGAAAAUAUACCUAGGUCACUCUGUAGAAACAGUUCUUAGAAAAGUAAAUGAAGACUCACCUAGCCGUUGUCAAUUUGUUCCAGAAGCCAUCACAUACAUUUAUCAUGGUAUUUAAAACACAAGUCUUGUUGAUCAACCAGGUUACUGUCAAAGAUUUUCCUCAAUUAAAGUUACUAGUAGGGCAUUUUCAUCAAUACAAACUGCUUCAUUUACCACACUCAUCCCUACACAAUUUUCCCUCCCUAUCAUUAAUGUUAGAAUUGGUUUUCACCUAUAAACCUGGAACGUGAUUUGCAAUGUGUCCCUAUGUAUCCUCUUUGAAUUUCUAAAACUAUUUCUCAUUCCUUAUUGUCUGGACAUUCUUAUUUAUUGGGCAACCACAGAAUCUAUCAUCCAUAUCUUGCAUGUACUUUUGGGAAUUACGCAUGGACAACAAACUGUGACUAUCUUGGGCAUACCAGGACACAAAGUCUCCCUGCUUAUUUAAAAGUGAUCUGGGGUUGGCGGGGGGGGGGGGGGUUGCCUGGGUGCCUCAGCUGGUUAAGCAUCCAGCUCGUCAUUUCAGCUCAAGUCGUGAUCUCACCAUUCUGAGAUCAAUGGAGCCCCGUGUCCAGCCCUGUGCCUGCUUAAGAUUCUCUCUUCCUCUCCUUCUGCCCCUCCCUGGCUUUCCCACAUGUGCUGCUCACUCUCUCUAAAAAAUUUAAAAAUAGAGGCAAUCUGGUAUAUUGUGUGAGAGUGUGCCAGUCAGUAGCCAACACCAAGAAAAAUUUGGUCUUAGGUAUACUUCUAUUCCUACAAUGCAGGCAUUCAUCCUUUGUUCUAAUCCCACAGGAUCCCCUGAUGAUUAUUGCACGUUGAAAAUGAUUUAUAGAUAAACAUGUACUAAACUAUUAGCCCACAAAAGUUUAUACUAUUUAGGGUUAUUUCUACUCUCAAAGAUUGAAAAGCUGUCAAGUUAUCAUGGGAUGCCUACUAAACACAUUCAUAUGUGAGAGGGUAAGUCCCAAGACUGCUCAAACUGCAAGGGAAAGACAGCUAUCCACUCCUGAAGCCAACAUCGGUUUACUCACUCCCAAUCCUGUAUUUUAUAAUCACGGGAUUAAAUACAACCUGCUAGUUCUAAAGGUCAGUAAUCAAAUUGUGAUCCUGCUGCUUAAAAGAGAUAAUCAAGUUCCUAGAGAACCUUUAGUUUCUUUUGUGCCUCACUAAAUAUUAGUGGUUCCUUUCAUUUAUGUAAGCCUAUCCUUUAAUUAUACAUAGAAGUAGGAUUAAAUGCUGAUUGAAAGGAACCUGAGUAUCCAAUAGUCUUUGCUGGUGAGCAACACUGAAACUUCACUUUGGAAAACGGGGUGAAUACAUUUCAAAGAACAUAUAGUAGUGUGGUGGCAAAACUAAAGAAAAGGCCAACUUUUAAUUAUCUGACAUAAUGACUUAUGAGAUAGAACACAAUUCACAAAAAUCGGGAGACAGUAUAGGUACAAUAUAAUUUGAAACAUAAGCUACCAAUAGAUGUUCUAUCAUGAUUUGAUCUGGCAAUGUGACUUGCACUAUUCCUACUUACUAGGAUUUCCUGUUCAGCAUGGUAACACUGACCAACCCUUUCGUAAUCAUAAAUUUUAUAGUUAGCUAUCAAUUGAUUAAUAUUUUAUGAAAUCACAAGUAGAGCCAUACUCUUGACCAAUCACUGCUUUUCUCAAUUACCAUAUUUCUUUAAUUUCUCCUCUUCAGGGCUCAUAACUUCUGUACAUAAAUUGCUACUCACACUUCAGUUUAGCCAAAUGGUCUAACCUAUCCCAAGGGAGAAAAAGGACCUUUUUAUUUAUUCAUUUAUCAUACAUUAGCUGAGCCACUAUUAUGUGUCCUGGAAUAAUGUUUGACCCUGGGAUUAGAGAGAUGAUUAAACUGCCCUUGAACUCAUUUAGUUUAGGGUUGUACAAAUCUAAACCUCGUAAUUUUCUUUUUUUUUUUUAAUUUUUAUUUUAGAGAGACAGAGAGAGAGAGAGAGCAUGAGUGAGGGAGAGGGGCAGAAGGAUAGAGAAUCUUAAGCAGGCUCCAUGCUCAGCAGGGAGCUGAACGAGGGGGCUUGAUCCCACAACCCUGGGAUCGUGAUCUGAGCUGAAAUCACAAGUCAGACACUCAACUGACUGAGCUACCCAGGCACCCCUAAAUCUCAUAAUAUUCUUGUGGCAAAGAGUGCCUCCUCAAAUCACAUAAGAAAGAAAAUUCUGGGAAAUGUAGUGCAAAAUCAGGCAUUAUCAAUUAUGCUUUAUCUUUGAACUUCAGUCUCCCAUGUUGAGACUAGGCCAAUUCUUAGUAAUUUUGAACACUGGUAUAACCAAGAAUCCAAGAUUCUUUAAAUCCAAGAAUGUUGAGGUCUUGUAGCAGCUUUACUCUUGGGAUAACAAUAAACAUCAUUUAGCCUCAUCCAUUAAGUGGGAAAAAUCAACCUCAUCCCUUCGAGGUCUUCAGAGAUUAUCUAAUCAACAGAUUUGAAUUUGCUGGUGAGCAAUAUGCAAACUUUCCAUAAGUAGAAUUAUCUUAUUUUAUCUUAUUUAAAAUUGGCAGCCAAGGGGCACCUGGUGGCUGAGUCUGUUAAGCAUCUGACCCUGGAUUUCAGCUCAGGUCAUGAUAUUCUGGUUUGUGGUUCUAGACCCUUGACAGGCUCUGUGCUGGCAGCACAGACCCUGCUUGAGAUUCCCCCUCUCUCUCUCUCUGCCCCUUCCCCAUUCGCGCACACACACUCUCUCUCAAAAUAAACCCUUUUUUUUUUUAAGACUAUAAAAUUCACAGCCAAAUGGGCAUAUCAGCUUCUAAUUUUCCCCAAGUGAAACAUUACUCAGUUUCAUAAAUCUCAUUUGAACUCUAUUCCCAACAGGGUGUUGCAGCUGGCCGGGCGGCAUGGCUGUGACAUUUUCUGUUAACAGGAUGGCGGCCUGCCAGCAGCACAGUCUGAAUUACUAGGUUUCAAUAUGAUGUUGGUUGGUACAAGUUCCAAGCCUCUUAUCAAAAUGUGUCCAGCCAUUCUCACAAUGAAUGUUUCCCUUCCAUUUUAAAUGUUCCUCCUCCAGCCCUCCUCUCCACCUACUAAAAAAAAAGUGAAGAGAAACAGACACUGUAUUCUUAUGGAUGGAACUUUCCCUCCUUAUUCCUGUUCCCCAUAAACGGACCUCCAGAUUAAUCUAACAAAAGCAGAUCCCCAAUUUACCAGUUUUUUUUUUCUAAAACCUUCCUAAAAUCCAUCUUUCUUGGCAUCGGACUCCUUCCCGUCUUCACCUUCUCAAAGACCCAAGUCAAGCAAACUAUCACUCCAGAAAACAGUAUUGGUUUUAGUUAACUGCAUUCCAAAAGUUAAACGUUUUUGGCCCCACGAAGCCUUGUAGGGUGGGUGACUGUCUCGAUUUGCCUGAGGCUGAAGGGGGUGCCAGGACAAUCCAGGGCAAAAGAAACCCUUGGGUGUGUCCUGGGGGAAGCAGAACCUAAGGCCGAAAAGGAGCCCAGCCGCAGGUUCCCUGCGGCCCAUCCAGCCCUCCCUCAUGGUAAGGUAUUACGGCUUGCCGGGGCCGCGCAGAGCUUUGGUGCAACACCAACGCCUCCGUCCCCAGGCAUAAAAAGAAACUGAGGCACAGCGAAGGCCCGGCCGAGUCCUCCGCCCCGCCCCGCCCCCCGCGGCUCCCCCAGGCCCGCUCCCGCCCCGCUCUGCCAGCUCCUUUGUCCUGGGCCGCGGUCUUCCUGCCUCCUCCACCGCCUCCGCCGCCGCCUCCUCGCCUCGGGCGCGGCUGACGCGGCGGGGUAGGAAUGCGUUUCCGGAGGGAGAGGACGGAGGCAGCGGCUUGGAGGAGCAGGAUCAGCCGCACAGAGAAGGAGGUGCCGCGGGGGUCGUUUCCUGCCAGGGGGCGGCUCUGGGCCGCCGAGUCUCCUCCUCCCGCCCCCAGGAGGAGGAGGAGCCGUAGCCGCCGCCGCCCGCCGCGCCCGAGACCCGGGAGGCCGCGCCAGCCCUCGGGAGAGACCCUGCGGGAGCCGCGGAGCAGCAGGCCCGAGCAGACCGCGCCGGGGCCUGGACGCCGCCCGGAGAAGAUGAAUUUACAACUGAUUUUCUGGAUUGGACUGAUCAGUUCAAUUUGCUGUGUGUUUGGCCAAGCAGAUGAAAAUAGAUGUUUAAAAGCAAAUGCCAAAUCCUGUGGAGAAUGUAUACAAGCAGGGCCAAAUUGUGGAUGGUGUGUAAAUUCAACAUUUUUACAAGAAGGAAUGCCUACGUCUGCGCGAUGUGAUGAUUUAGAAGCUUUGAAAAAGAAGGGUUGCCAUCCAGAUGACAUAGAAAAUCCCAGAGGCUCCAAAGAUGUAAAGAAAAAUAAAAAUGUAACGAACCGUAGCAAAGGAACGGCAGAGAAGCUCCAGCCGGAAGAUAUUACUCAAAUCCAGCCUCAGCAGUUGGUUUUGCAGUUGCGAUCAGGGGAGCCGCAGACAUUUACAUUAAAAUUCAAGAGAGCUGAAGACUAUCCUAUCGAUCUCUACUACCUUAUGGACCUCUCCUACUCUAUGAAAGACGAUUUGGAGAAUGUCAAAAGUCUUGGAACGGAUCUGAUGAAUGAAAUGAGAAGGAUUACUUCAGAUUUCCGGAUUGGAUUUGGCUCAUUUGUGGAGAAGACUGUGAUGCCUUACAUUAGUACAACACCAGCCAAGCUCAGGAACCCUUGCACAAGUGAACAAAACUGCACCAGCCCAUUUAGCUACAAAAAUGUUCUCAGUCUUACUGAUAAAGGGGAAGUAUUUAAUGAACUUGUUGGUAAACAGCGCAUAUCUGGAAAUUUGGAUUCUCCAGAAGGUGGCUUUGAUGCAAUCAUGCAAGUUGCAGUUUGCGGAUCAUUGAUUGGCUGGAGGAAUGUUACACGGCUGCUGGUGUUUUCCACGGAUGCUGGGUUUCACUUUGCUGGAGAUGGGAAACUUGGUGGCAUUGUUUUACCAAAUGAUGGACAGUGUCACCUGGAAAAUGAUGUGUACACAAUGAGCCAUUAUUAUGAUUAUCCUUCUAUUGCUCACCUUGUCCAGAAACUAAGUGAAAAUAACAUUCAGACAAUUUUUGCAGUUACUGAAGAAUUUCAGCCCGUUUACAAGGAACUGAAAAAUUUGAUCCCUAAGUCAGCAGUAGGAACUUUAUCUGCAAAUUCCAGCAAUGUAAUUCAGUUGAUUAUUGAUGCAUACAAUUCCCUUUCCUCAGAAGUCAUUUUGGAAAACAGCAAAUUGCCAGAAGGAGUAACAAUAAAUUACAAAUCUUACUGCAAGAAUGGGGUGAAUGGAACAGGGGAAAAUGGAAGAAAAUGUUCCAAUAUUUCCAUUGGAGAUGAGGUUCAAUUUGAAAUUAGCAUAACUUCAAAUAAAUGUCCAAAUAAGAAUUCUGAAAUCAUUAAAAUUAAGCCUCUGGGCUUUACUGAAGAAGUAGAAAUUAUUCUUCAGUUCAUCUGUGAAUGUGAGUGCCAAAAUGAAGGCAUCCCUAGCAGUCCAAAGUGUCAUGAAGGAAACGGAACGUUCGAGUGUGGAGCUUGCAGGUGCAACGAGGGACGUGUUGGUAGACAUUGUGAAUGUAGCACAGAUGAAGUUAACAGUGAAGAUAUGGAUGCUUACUGCAGGAAAGAAAACAGUUCAGAAAUCUGUAGUAACAAUGGAGAGUGUGUCUGUGGACAGUGUGUUUGUAGGAAGAGGGAUAAUACAAAUGAAAUUUAUUCUGGCAAAUUCUGCGAAUGUGAUAAUUUCAACUGUGAUAGAUCCAAUGGCUUAAUUUGUGGAGGAAAUGGCGUUUGCAAGUGUCGUGUAUGUGAAUGCAAUCCCAACUACACCGGCAGCGCCUGUGACUGUUCUUUGGAUACCACUUCAUGCAUGGCCACAAAUGGACAGAUCUGCAAUGGCAGGGGCAUCUGUGAGUGUGGCGCCUGUAAGUGUACAGAUCCAAAGUUUCAAGGGCCAACUUGUGAGAUGUGUCAGACCUGCCUGGGUGUCUGUGCUGAGCAUAAAGAAUGUGUUCAGUGCAGAGCCUUCAAUAAAGGAGAAAAGAAAGACACAUGCGCACAAGAAUGUUCACAUUUCAACAUUACCAAGGUUGAAAAUCGGGACAAAUUACCACAGCCAGGCCAGGUCGAUCCCCUGUCCCAUUGUAAGGAGAAAGAUGUUGAUGAUUGCUGGUUUUAUUUCACGUAUUCAGUGAAUGGGAACAAUGAGGCCAUUGUUCAUGUUGUAGAGACUCCAGAGUGCCCCACUGGUCCAGACAUCAUUCCAAUUGUAGCUGGUGUGGUUGCUGGAAUUGUUCUUAUUGGCCUUGCAUUGCUGCUUAUUUGGAAGCUUUUAAUGAUAAUUCAUGACAGAAGGGAAUUUGCCAAAUUUGAAAAGGAAAAGAUGAAUGCCAAAUGGGACACGGGUGAAAAUCCUAUUUAUAAGAGUGCCGUGACAACUGUUGUCAAUCCGAAAUAUGAGGGAAAAUGAGCACUACCCAUGCAAAUUUCACAGCACUGAAUGCAAAGUCGUAGUUUUCAUAGUCACAGUAAGGUAGAGCUAGGGCAGUAUCACCAUGGUUUUUCUCAUGUGCAGGUUUUGAAAAUGUACAAUAUGUAUAAUUUAAAAUUUUUUUUAUUAUUUUGAAAAUAAUGUAAUGAUGCCAGGGACUGACAAAAAACUUGAGACAGGAUGGCUAUCCUUGUCAGCUAAGGUCACAUUGUGCCUUUUCGACCUUUUCCUCCUGGACUAUUGAAAUCAGGCUCUUACUGGAUGAAAUGAUAUUUCUAGAGCGAUUGAAAGAGAGUAAAGUAAUGAGUAUGAUGAGAGUUUCUAUUAAGUAUUAAAAUUGAUUUUUAGCUUUACAGACAUGUCAGGUUUUAGUUACACAGAAUCCAAAGUAAAUAUCCUACUUAACUAGAAUUGUUUUAAAUUUGUUAUUUUGCUAUUUGCCUAUUAGAUGAGACUGAUGACACGUGAGUAUGUUGGGAAUUCCUGAUGUAAAAUACUUUUGGAAUAUUUGAUCUACAGAGGCCAUUGGAAAAAGUCACAAUUAGGAAGGGAAAACAUAGCUUUAAAACCUGUGUGCCAUUUUAAGAGUUACUUAAUCUUGGUAACUCUUAUGCCUUCUCUUUAGAAAAUCAAGCCUUGGAUAAAAGUAUCGGGAAAUUUUCUGCAGAAAAGUCCUUAAUUUAGCAUUAUUUACAUAAAGGCCUUACUUUACAUAAUUGCCGAAUUGAGGACCUUUGGGUGAAUUUAUUCGUUUUAUUUUGUUUAAAGCCUGGUGCUUUUUUAUCACCUCUUCUAAUCAUUUAAUGUAUUUGUUUGCAAUUUGGGGUAAGACUUUUUCUUUUUUUUAACCAAUACUUUUUCUUUGAUGUUCCAGCUGUAAAUUUGCCUUUUUAAUGAACAUGUGAAGUUGUCCUGUGACUUUCGCAACAGCUAUCACUUACGCACGUCUUACUUUCAGCACUGUAACAGACCACUGUAUAGUUCCUUCUCACCAUUUGCCCAUGUUGUUUCAUGCGAUUCACGUUCUUGUGUUAAGUGCCUUUUAAUUUUAACAGUUCACUUUUUACAUGCUGUUUACUGAAGUUAUUUAUUAAAUAAAAAUGCCUAAAAUAUUUAAA